UUUGGGAUACGUACUUAUUCCGAUCAACAGAAUCUUUAAACUCCAAAAUCAAACCUUAAAACCUCCACAUACGCAAUACGUACAAAAAUCGUAUAUAUGUGUUGCAUAUAUAUGUAAAGACUUUCGUACACAAAAUUGUGUUUGUGUUGUUGUUGUUGUUGUAGUAGCCAUUAUUCGAUGUCUUCUUCUCCUUUUUCUCCAAUUUUUUCUGUAUUAUUUUUAGCUCUUUUUUUUUCUAGCUCCAGAGCGUCGUUUUUUCCAGCCGGAUCGUCGUCCUUCUCUCGGAGAUCAAUUCUUCGAGAAAUCAGUAGCGAUGGUAAAAAUGAAAAACGAGUUGAAAAAGCCGAUUAUGGCGUGGAAUUAAACGCCACGAAUUUCGAUGCUAUCCUCAAAGAUACUCCGGCUACUUACGCGAUCGUUGAAUUCUUUGCUCACUGGUGUCCUGCUUGCAGAAAUUAUAAGCCUCAUUAUGAAAAAGUUGCAAGACUAUUCAAUGGAGCAGAUGCUGUUCAUCCAGGAAUUAUAUUGAUGACAAGGGUUGACUGUGCUUUGAAGAUAAAUACCAAUCUCUGUGAUAAGUUUUCUGUAGGACACUACCCUAUGCUUCUAUGGGGCCCCCCUUCUAAAUUUGUUGGUGCAACUUGGGAGCCAAAGCAGGAAAAUAGUGAAAUACACUCGAUUGAUGAUGGCAGGACAGCUGAUCGCUUGCUAAUUUGGAUAAAUAAGCAAAUGGGAAGUUCAUAUGCCUUGGAUGAUGAAAAGUAUGAAAACGAGCAUCUUCAAACCAAUGCAUCUGACCCCGGGCAGAUUGCACGUGCUAUAUAUGAUGUUGAGGAGGCAACAUCCACGGCAUUCGACAUUAUAUUCACGCACAAGAUCAAGGCAGAGACUCGGGCUUCGCUCAUUAAAUUUCUUCAACUAUUGGUGGCCCAUCAUCCUUCUAAGAGGUGCCGGAAGGGAAGUGGUGAUAUACUUGUUAACUUCGAUGAUGUAUAUCCAUCUGAGAUAUUGUCAACCAAUAAUGCACAAUCUAUUGGUGAUGGUAAAGAGAAAGGACUUCAGAAUAUGCAGAUCUGCGGAAAAGAGGUUCCUCGCGGAUAUUGGAUGUUUUGUCGUGGCAGCAGCAAUCAAACUCGGGGUUUUAGCUGUGGAUUGUGGGUUCUUUUCCAUUCACUAUCCGUCAGGGUUGAGGAUGGGGAAAGCCAGAUGGCAUUUACUGCUAUAUGCGACUUCAUUCACAAUUUCUUUGUCUGCGAGGAAUGCCGGCAACAUUUUUAUGGGAUGUGCUUAAGUGUUUCUAAUCCUUUUAAGAGGACAAUGGACUUUGUCCUUUGGUUGUGGAAUGCUCACAACAAAGUCAACAAAAGGUUAAUGAAGGAAGAAGCUUCUCUUGAGACUGGUGAUCCUAAAUUCCCUAAAACCAUAUGGCCACCAAAACAGCUCUGUUCUUCUUGCUAUCUCUCCAAAAGUUCAAAGAAUGGACAGAUAGAGUGGGAUAAUGAUGAAGUCUUCAAAUUCUUAGUUAGCUAUUAUGGGGGAACACUAGUCACUCUCUACAAGGACAAAGAACUUCUUGGCGAUAGUGAGGGUAACAAAGCACCCAUCGAAGAUUUGGCAGCCACAACAAAUGCAAUUGUUGUGCCCAUUGGAGCCGCGUUAGCGAUUGCUGUUGCAAGCUGUGGAUUUGGCGCUCUGGCAUGGUGCUGGCGUUCACGACAGAAAAAUCGAAAGUAUAAAUACCAACUACACUCUUUAAAAAACAUCUAGCGAGAUUGGCCUAGUCACUUUAUAUUUAACCUAGAUAGCCACAGUGAAUUUUUAAUAUGAGAAAUGAAAUGUGACGUUGAGAGUGGGGGUUUGGAAUAGUUGGAGGUUGAUAUUCUUAUUUAUUUUUCCAAAAACAUUUCAGGCAAAGAAGAAGCUGGAACUAAGCUCGUAAACAGGGUAGCUCUACGGAUGGCUGUCAGUAAUUGUGAGGAAACCAUCAGAAUAGAACAAGUCCAUAACCUUGAAUCAAGUAGCUCGCUUAGUGUUUACUUUGAGAUUUGAGUGUACAGUUUUGACUCUACACUGUAAUUUAGAAAGAAUUAUUUUCUUCUUUUCCCCUUGUGCUAUGUUUGUACACCCACAUGACUUGGGAGAAAUCUUGCCUGCAUAAACUGUGAAGUGUAUUUCCUGCUGUGUACUUGUUCUGAAUUCAGGCUAGCAGCUAUUGUGUCCGCGUCAAUUUAUGUUUACACAAUCUGCUAUAAUCUUAA